AUGUGUCCCUCCCAUCAUCUGAUUCAGCAACUACGCCGAGCGCAUUCCACUUUCCUCCUUCAUCAUGACAUCACCCUUGACGCUUUAUACGAACGUGUUGGCAGGUCCACACUCUGCUCCCUCCUAGAAAACUUCUGGUUGCGAUUUGCCUGGAACUGGGACAUCAUUCUAACUGGAAACCCCGCUGUGGAUGUGUAUAAUGGCAUAAAGCUUUCUGCUGGCGGCGAGCUAGGCAUUGGUGUGGGCGAGGAAGAAUGGGGAAGCGGGGAGAGGGAGGUGCUUGAGGACUUCGUGGUACGGACAGAUGGCCUUGUGGAUAUCGUGGUGUCUCGAUUUGGUGACCCGAAUACGCCUGAUGAGAAUGCUGCAGCCGCGAACAAAUCAGCAGAUGCCAUGCGCAAUGAUGACGAUGAAACGCACUGGCUUGGUUUAGACACAUAUCCUCGACCGUCAGACGGUGUUAUAUUCUCAGGUGUAGGGGCUAUCAGUAGAUCUUCUGUGGUGCGCAUCUCACAGUGGAUGGAGUGGAUCUACAGAUACGGCAUUGACGCAUAUGGGGUGGGUGAAGACCCAACAUCACCACGACGUCGAAAACAUCGAAGGAGACAACGAGGCCGCUCUGGAAAAGGUGCAAAUACAAUGCUACAAGCCAGAGAAAAUCCCCAAUCUGGAGACACAGGUGACGGUUUCUCUCCAGGUAUACCACGCCCACUUGUCAUGGGGACGACAAAAUCAAUGCAGCCCCCACAAGGGUCUGAUGGAGUAAGCCUACUCUCAAGCGGCGAAAGCUCUCCUGCAAGAAGUGAGAAAGGCAGUGAUUGGAUGGGUGUGACCACUGGUGCAUUUGUGAAAUACCUCACGCUCGGAUACGGUUCGUCCUGGAGCAUGUCUAGGACACCCAGCGCACAUCCCCGUGUUGAAGCGUUGAAGCGAGAAGAUGACUUAGCCAGCUCAAGCAAGCAGACAGGUCAACCUACAGAUAAGCAGGAAGGCUCUGAAGAGAGCCCUUCUAAACCUGAAGAUCCUCCUGUGAAAGCUAGAAGCCGUGGCAUAAUCCAACAACGAGCAGUAGUCUACGUACACAAGCCUUUUAUCUAUACUUUUCUAUUCGAUCCUCAAGCUCCGUCUCUGGCAGACCCAUCUCUCUAUCACAAUAUCCAUCACCAACUACAACCUCUCCAAGGGUCACUCAGCAAGUCAACAUCGCCGGCAGUUGCCGCAGCCAGAAUCUCUGUAUCCGGCCAUUCAUUUGAUAUCAAUCAACGAUUCUCAGCCGAGAACCUACCAUUCUACGAUCUUGUCUACGACCCAACCAACCUAACAAUCCGCUCUUCAAUCCCCAAUAUCCCUGACCUCGGUUUUUCCCCACUAGAAGCCCCGCGAGAUCCCAGCGCAACGCCCUGGUCGCGUGUCGAAAGCCUCAAUAUCCACCACCGCCUACUGAGCACCUACAUAGAAACCCGAUCCCGACCGCUCGAGCUAGAGAGAACCUGCAAAACAAGUCGUGGCUGGUGGCUUAUUUGGGUCCGAAUGUCCGCCCCAUCGUACAAACCCGCCAGUGACGAUAGUAGCACAUCUCAACCCGACGACCCUCGCCAGGAGGCUUUCCUAAUCCGGAAGGGAAGUGACUAUGUCUCGACGUCUUCGCACGCGCGCAAUAAGAACGGGACUCGGUUCUUCAGGGACCUGGGCGGUGCGUCUUCGCCGGGACUAUCGGAUAUGGGGCCGGCCAAGUUGGCUGAGGGGUUGGGGCUGGAUGCAAGGCGGUAUAUUGAAAGUUUACUCAAUUUGAACAAAUGAUCCCCCGGGGGCGUAGAAAAAAAUACACACUUUCGAUGCUUUUUUUUUACAUUCUCUUGGUUUUUUAAAGAACGUGGAGGUUGUAAUAUUGAGAUUAAUCCCGAAUUGUUUUCCCCAGAGGGCUGCCUAUUCUGACGGGGUAUAGAAAUAUGUACAUGUCUCACUACCCCUGAAGCAGCAGCACUAGUACAAUACAUGGAAUAGGGACCAGCUGCUCAAGGCAUCAACUUUAUCAAUCAAGUCACGAACUAGGGAACUAAAUUAAGGAUGGAUAUGUCACUUCGAUUCUCCUGUGUCAGUCUAAUUCAACACUUCUUUUCUCCUAUGGUACAGGAGGCAGCUGCCAUUUCAUAAUUAGGCAUGCUGGACUAAUGCGUAGCCUAAGAUGCUAACGGGCCGCCCACAUGUUACUAUCAAUAGCACGAUCUUACCAAUAGUUGACACCUCUUCCUGUAAUGGAACGCGAUACCAAGAUAUACCGGUAUUUCUACUGAUAGGUAGUCGAUAGCAGAUCCCGAGGUUUUAAGGAUAACAUGUGUUUGAUGCAUUUCACGAAAUAUGUAUCAGGAGGGAAGAUA